AUGAAGUUUUCUCUUGGAACUAUUUUGGCGGCAACGCUUGCCUUGGCGUCUUCUAUCCAAGCGAGAAAUGUUCCAUUGAGCGGACGCUAUAUAGUCCGCGCCGUCGAUGAGCCCAGCAAAUCUCAGGACGGUGUGACAUUUCAUAAAACCGCAGCUACUACACGUGCUUGGUCGAGUGAGAUGAUCUCCCGCACAAGGACUUCUGCCAAAAUCAGUCCCAUCCAUCCGACGGCCACGCAACGUUCUCGGUCCUCAGAGGGACCUAAUGAGGGAAAUUCAUCAAAACAGCCCUCCGCUACUACCAGAAACGGCCAUCAAGCCACGGGGUUGACAGGAACGGCAAAACAUAGUUUGGACAAGUCGAACUCAUCCAAAUCUUUACGUCAACCGUCAAAUAGCGGAGUCUCAUUGGGGACACCCCGUUCAAAUUCCCUGGUUCAUUCUACAGCUCAUACCACCAGCCCACCCGAGCCGCGUUCCUCAAGCACCGGAGCCUCAUUGGGGUCAUCCAAUUCAAACCAAUUGGGUCAGUCAACGACUUAUCCCAACAGUUCAUCCAAGCCGCGCGCCUCAAACACCGGUACCUCAUGGCAGACGAGCACGUCCCCUAUACCUCGCCAAGGGGGUGCUAGCUCGGACUCUAGUAUUUCCUCAAAUAUGCCAGAGCAGACACGCCCCCCAAGUACUUCCAUAGUUCCCGCAACAUACAAUUCUCAUUCGACAAUGAAUUCGUCUAUGGUAGCCAUCAUUGCUGGCGGACAUACGACAACUCAAGCUGUGGCUGCCCAUAUGAUAACAACCAUCCCAAUCACAAAGGGUCAGGAGACUAGUACUGCCAUUUUUACUGCUACCUCUGUUACUACCUCAGAGGUUAUUGAAGAGGGCUCGGUACUGAAUACAAGCGAAGAGGCGAGUGUCACAUCAACUCGCGCUUCAAGCUCUGUCCCUACACCAUCAACAACCCCCGCCCCUACACUUCGCCUCUGCUUGACAGUUGUUGAAGAGGGCUCGCUCUCUGCCUACAACCUUGGCAACCACUACAAGCUCAAUAAUCGCCUCAAGCUCAGCAAUCGCCUCAAGGUCAGCAAUUGUCUCAAGCUCGGUAAUUGCCUCAAGCUCGACAAUGGCUUCAAACUCGGCAAUUGCCUCAAGCUCAGCGAUCGUCUCAAGGUCAGCAAUUGCCUCAAGGUCGGUGAUCGCCUCAAGGUCGGUGAUCGCCUCAAGCUCGGUAAUUUCCUCAAGCUCGGUAAUUGCCUCAAGCUCAGCGAUCGUCUCAAGGUCAGCAAUUGCCUCAAGGUCGGUGAUCGCCUCAAGCUCGGUAAUUUCCUCAAGCUCGGUAAUUGCCUCAAGCUCAACAAUGGCUUCAAACUCGGUAAUUGCCUCAAGGUCAGCGAUCGUCUCAAGGUCGGUAAUCGCCUCAAGGUCGGCAUUCACAACAAGCCUGGGUAUCACCUCGAGCUUUUCAACCACUGCAGGCUUGGCAACCACCACAAGUUGGGCAAUGCCUAUGCCUCCGCCUGA